CCUCACGACGAACCCCCCACUGAGCGACCCGGAAAACGCAUAUACCUGACACAAAUACCCACGACCUGGCCACACACGUGCACUCGCAUCCUCCCUGGCUGACAGCCUCUUGCGUCUUCGUCCCCUUUGCGAGCCCAGCAACUACCUAUAAUCGACAAGCCUGCAAAAGUUGGCGUGCCGUGGCCGGCAGUCCCAACAACCUCACUGACCCGACUUGAUUUUGCCAUGCCGGCUGAGUCUUUCGCAAAACAGUUUACAUUAUCGGAUCCGGGGUAUCGGGCGAGAUCAGCGCACGCGACAGGUUGGUGGAGGGGAGAAGACAAUCUCGCAGACUGAGGGAUCUUAGUUGGACGACACCGCUUUGCACAGCCCUCGGCUUCCCAGACCGCAACGGAAUCAUGGCCACGGUACAGCAGCACCAGCCGGUCCCCACACCGGCUCGGCCCAAGAGCAUGAAUGGCGGCUCCCACGAUGUGGAUAUCAGCACGGACGGCGCCGCCCUGCAAGUAGCCUCGAGGAGCGCAUUUGGAAGCGGACCACGAAGAGGAGAUACCAGGGUGGUGGUUAUUAUGUACGGCCCGGGCCAGGACAAGAUCGUAUCGGUCUUCGCCGAAGUACUGGGGAAGCAAUCUCGGUUGAGGACUGGCUUCAACGACGUUACUCCUGCCGACAGGGAAUCUGUUGUUGGGAUUCUUGCGGACAACGCAAAAGCCGACAUUGCCUCGCGGAAUCAGGGGUUGGUCGUGGCGAUCAAUGCCCAUUGUGUUAACUUGGGGAUGCCUCCAGACGUCUUCCUCUCUGCCCAGUGCGACUACGAGUUCUUGUAUACGGAAACCCCCUUCUUUCGACGGGAUUUGUCACGAUUCAUCUCACAUACCCUGGGACAGCUCAAUCAUCAUGAGACUCUGAUGGCGAAGCCCAGGACCUAUUUCAUUUCCACCACGUUCCCGGAUGUCCGUGCGGCUCUGCCCAAUCUGGACAUACUCACUGUUGGCGCCGACGCCGUGGAGAUCCGGGUCGAUUUCCUCAAAGAACCGUUAGGGGAUGGAACAUUUUCCGCAGUGCCCAGCCUGAGCUAUAUCGGCGAGCAGGUGAUGCUUCUACGCCAGAAGACCGAGCUGCCCAUCAUCUUCACCACGAGAUGCACAAGAGAAAAUGGCCGGUUCCCAAUGGAGAAUCCGGACCUCUACUUCGACUACUUGUACCGCGCGAUCCAGUGGGGUGUCGAGUACAUCGAUGUCGAACUCUGGCUGCCAGAAGCGAUAAGAAAGAGGCUCUACGAGAAGCGCGGGAACAGUCGCAUCAUGUCGGCUUUCCACGAUUUCUCUGGGACUUUCAAAUGGCUAUCCAAGCAGGCCGAAUUGGUGUUCUUGGAGUCACAACAGUAUGCCGACAUCGUCAAGAUGAUUGCAAUCAUCAACGACCACAACGAGAAUUUCGAACUGGAAUACUUCCGUUCUAAAAUCCGGGCAGAAUUUCCCAACUCGCCACCGUUGUCGGCCGUGAACAUGGGCGAGGCCGGGCAGUUUUCCCGCACCCUCAACCGAGUGUUCACCCCCAUCACCCACCCGCUGCUUCCCGUCAUCGCUGCGCCUGGCCAAAUGAGUGCGGCAGAGAUAAACCAAGCGCUUGCUCUCCUUGGCCAGCUGCCCAAGAAAAGCAUAUAUGGGAUCGCCAGUCCGUCAUCACAUGGCACAAGCCCGCAAGCCCCCUUCUAUGAGAAAUGCUUCAAUGAGCUCGGCCUGCCUCAUCACUUCGCUGUCGUCGAAAGACAGUCGAGAAACUCGGGGUGUAUGGAGGCCUGGUGCAACCAGAGGAACUUUGGCGGUGCUUACCUCAACCCUCCCGUCUCGUUUAACAGCCUCGUUGGGAACAGCUCUUUCUUUCCAUCUGUAAACAAUGGAACUGGCCCGAUACUUAGCGAGGCCGCACAAGUUAUUGGGAUGGUCGACACCAUCGUGGUGCGGUCGGGCUCGUUGGGUUCCACCUCGUCGGCUCCACCGUCAAUACCCUCGAGCCCUCGACAUCACCAUAAUGGCGACUCCUUUGGUGCAUAUGGGCCAACACAAUCCGGCCUUCCGCCGAACACUUCGCUCAUCUUCGAGAAUGCCUCGUGGCGGGGAAUCCUAAGCACUCUGACCAGGGACCUCGCCCCUUCGGCGUAUUUCGGCCGGGCAGCUGUUGUCCUCGCAUCCUCGUCCGACGAUGCAGCAAGUGUCAUCUAUGCUCUCAAAGCUCUGAAGGUUGGCAAGAUCUACACCGUCGGUUUCAGGACGCCGGCCUCUCUCGCCCGCGACUUGCCCAUUGAACCCUUUAACAGUCUCGAAAGCCUCCAGCGGGCCCGGAUGGUUGGCUCGACGAACAGUGAUGACGGUGGCGGAACGGGGGCUCCGUUCGUCAUCGUGAGUGCUCUCGGCCCCGAGAAGAGCAACCUCGUCGGUAUGCUCGUUCGGGUCUUCGGCUCGAGAGGCUCGGGCUAUAAAGGGAAGGUGUUUCUGGAUCUUGCGGAUGGGAAUGUGCCUCGCAGAGGCGACCCCGGCAUCAUUGCCGAACAGAGUGGCUUCGCCGCGUACGGGGUCGCCGACGUCACGGCCUUCACCACCGUCGAGACGUUGAGAUUGCUGGUGGGCCAGAAUGUGCCGUAUAGCUUUGUCCGACUCGCAAGCGGAAGGGGGCUCUAUUAACCGGUUCCUGGGAAUCGGACAUGGCCGUCACCAAGACACCUCUCACGCACUUGCCAGAUUGUGUUGGCGGGUCCGACGUACUCACACCCGGGACCGGGUCGUACAAAGCUGGAGGAUUUUAUAUAUCAAGUCUUUGUCUGCUGGGAUUUAGACGGAUCAUAGUGUGACCCCAUGAGGAUAAAUAGGAAGCUAAACUUGAUAAUGAUAUCCAUUACACGGCACCCUCUGCCCUUCCUUGCCCACGCAAAACAAAACAAUAUCACGAAGGUUACUCUCUGUCGGGUUUAAAUUUGAACCCUUAUGUGAGGUAUGAAAGUUUAGGUAUUUACCUAGUUUCUCCUUUUUGCUUAUAUCUAUGCAGCUGUUUUCCAAGCUCAGUCAACC